AUCAUAAAAUUAACUAGGAGGUGACCACGCCUUACUCCAGACUCACCGCAGGAGAUAUGCUGGCACAAUAACGUGUCUCUGAAAUGCGCUCAUCACAAAAUAAGGUUAAAUAAUAUGUAGCUGUUUUAUGAGCUGACAAUUACCUUCGUGAUAUGAUGGUAUUUACGGUUGUCAGCGCGCGUCCGGUGCGCCACUGGUUGCUGGUUAUCACCAUGCGUUUUAUUGCGUUCUCCAUGGCUUUUCAACAGGACAGGAGCAGGACAGUGAGGGCCGUGUCUGGGCCUCUCGGUGGGCCGUCGGCGUCCGUGGGGCUCUGCACCUUUGGCUCGUCUACUGCCUGCUGUUUAGGCUGGAGGAAUGUCAUGGGUGUCUGCCAGCCUGUGUGCAACAAGCCUUGCAGGAAUGGAGUCUGUGUGGGUCCAGACAAGUGCUCCUGCUCUGUGGGAUACAAGGGCCAGAAAUGUGACCAAGAUGUUAAUGAGUGUGGUCUCCCAGAGCGACGAUGCUCCAACAGCUGUAUGAACACCCAGGGUAGUUACCGGUGUUACUGCGACCCCGGAUACUACCUCAUGACAGAUGGUUCAACCUGCACCAAAGAGCCUGAGUGCUCCUCCGCACGCUGCCAGUUCGGUUGCCAGAUCGACCGGUGGGGAGAGGUGCGCUGUCUGUGUGCCACCGGCCUCCACCUGGCCGCCGACAACAGGACCUGUGAAGAUGUGGACGAGUGUCGCGGGGCGUCAGAUGUUUGCCCUCCCCGGCGCACUUGCAAGAACACCUUUGGCAGCUUUGUGUGUGUGUGCAGGGAGGGCUUUGUGUUGGGGACGCUCCAGGACUCAGUGCAGUGUCGAGAUAAGGACGAGUGUCUGGACAGUACUCACCUGUGUAGCCGUCAUUCCCAGUGUUUCAACACCUUUGGUUCCUACACCUGUCAGUGUCUGGAGGACUACUCUGGCGACGGCCACACGUGCUGGCCGAGGAGAGCCUCCCAGUCCAAGACCUCCAUGUACCUCCGGUACAAACUCUCCAAAAGGACCAGGCCCAUACAACAACCACGACGUCCGCAACUCUGACGGUGCCUCUGGUUCUGACUGAUAACACUGUUGUGAAGUAGUUACUGGCGGACAUUUUGGGUCGAGUCGUGUUGAAGCAGCACGUGGGAGGAAAAUAGAUUUGUGUUGAAGCAGCUUCAUAGGACAAAUCACGAGGUAGAUAUGGGGUAAAUUGAGGUGGAGUUCAGCUAUCACAACAUAGUUAAAGCCGAGUAAUGCUAAGAAUUCCUCACACAACUGGAAAGUGUGGUAACGGUCUGUUUUAGCCUAUCAUUUGCCAGGCCUCUCUUCAGUUAGUCAACAAAGAUCCUAGAUUGCUACACGGUGCCAUUAGUGGUCUGCUGUUUGUUGUCAGUCAAAGAAGCCAUUCAUUUGACAAACACAUUCGUCAAGGAACCACACUCUGUAGUCUGCCUGCCAUGCUUCAGACUCAAAACGCUCUGUGAUGACAUGGAAUUUUCCUUUGUUUAAGUUUCCCAGCUUAUUGUCUCCGAAAAGGUUACGGUUAAGAACAAGUUUCACACGCGCUGCCAUACUGCUACUUUGGCAUUUGUAACCAAUUUCACUAUACACAUGUUGUCAGCAUAAGGGAUCUUGAUAGGGACUUCAUGUAGUGAGUGAUUAGCUAGUUUUCUGACAGGCCAGUGGGUGUACACGAGGGGACUAUUAGUCCGUAGGGACUAGUCUUUGAGAGGAGUGUAUACGUCAUUAUUUGUUAAUAAAAGGCUGACCUCUGGUGGAAAGAUAAGGGAGGAUAUUUGUCUUCGAGAGAGAGAGAGCAGCGUCACCCUGACUUCUCCAUAGAUGGGAUCAUAGAUAGCAGUAUCACCCUGACUUAUCCAUAGAUGGAAUCAUAGUCAGCAGCAUCACCCUGACUUCUCCAUAGAUGGGAUCAUAGUCAGCAGCAUCACCCUGACUUCUCCAUAGAUGGGAUCAUAGAUAGCAGCAUCUCCCUGACUUCUCCAUAGAAGGGAUCAUAGAUAUCAGCAUCUCCCUGACUUCUCCAUAGAUGGGAUCAUAGAUAUCAGCAUCUCCCUGAGUUCUCCAUAGAUGGGAUCAUAGAUAGCAGCAUCUCCCUGACUUCUCCAUAGAAGGGAUCAUAGAUAGGCUACAUAACCGAAAGCUGUUGAAAUGCAUGUAUUUGUUGAGUCGUGUUAAUUAAUUAAGGCACUUUGAGAGAUCGUCUGUUUGAUGAUGUAAAAUGUCUGGAACAAUGGUAUACUUGUUGAAUGGGAACCAACCAAUAAAGUUUGUUGUUAUUAUUA